GGGCCAGGCUGGGCCAGCCGCAGCGGAGUGAUUGCGAAAGUCAGUUCCUUCCUCUCUUCUCUCGGAUCCCCACCCAGGCAGUUGCUUGAUGAGAGUCCCUAGGCUGCCUCCAUCUGCUGGAUACUGAGGCGGGCCUGAUGACAACGUGGUGUGCACAGGCCUCCACAGAAACAGAAACGUGUGCAUGUGGGAGAGCCCGCGUGGUGUGCGGCUGCCCGUGGCCAUGCUCUGCCCGGCUGUGCUGCUGUUGCUGCUCCUGACCAGGGGCAUGGAGACCUUCCGAAUCUGCGCCUUCAACACUCAUCGGCUGACGCUGGUCAAGAUCGCCCAGGUGGAGGUGAUGGACACCUUAGUUCGAAUUGUGGCCCGCUGUGACAUAAUGGUGCUGCAGGAGGUGGUGGACCCUUCUGACCAUGCUGUCGCCCUACUGCUGCGAGAACUCAACAGACUCGACGGCUCUGGGCCCUACAGCUCGCUGAGCAGCCAGCUGUUGGGGCGCAGCACCUACAUGGAGAAGUAUGUGUACAUCUAUCGGUCCCACAAGACACAGGUACUGGACUCCUACGUGUACCAUGACCAGGAUGACCUCUUCGCCCGGGAGCCCUUUGUGGCCCACUUCACUCUGCCCAGCAAGGUACUCCCCAGCCUGGUGCUGGUCCCGCUACACAGCACCCCGAAGGAUGUGGAGAAGGAGCUUACUGCCCUCUACGACGCGUUUCUGGAUGCCUCCCAGCACUGGCAGAACAAGGACGUGAUCCUGCUCGGAGACUUCAAUGCCGACUGUGCCUCGCUGGCCAAAAAGCGCCUUAGCAAGCUGCUCCUGCGAACAGAGCCUGGCUUCCACUGGGUGAUCGCCGACGGGGAAGACACCACGGUGCGGGCCAGCACCCACUGCACCUAUGACCGCAUCGUACUGCACGGGGAGCGCUGCCAGAGCCUGGUGCAGUCUGCCGCUGCCUUCGACUUUGCCAGCAACUUCCAGCUCACAGAGGAGGAGGCCCUGAAAAUCAGCGACCACUACCCUGUGGAGGUGGAGCUUAACCAGGCGGCGAGGCGCAUCCAGCCCCUGAGCCUGGCUGCUCUGCUGUUCUCACUGCUGCCCCCUGAGCUGGCCCGUGUGGCCUGACCU